GUGAAAGCAUUUGCAGCCUACUUCGCGACUAGCAGCAGCUGAGUGGCAGACUAGUCGACAGUAAGGCAUCAUGGCGAUCGGUUAGGGUGCGUAUUGCUCGGAAAAUCGGAAAAUUUACCGUGAUCUCGUACAUGAUUUUUAUCGUGAAUUAAUUGCAUCGAAUUUCUUCUCGGAUGACCGCACAUCAAUUUUUUGUUGUAUAAUAACGUCCAAACGCGAAUGACAUAAUGGUGAAGUUGACCGAAGAGAUGGUCGUGGCUCGCACGCGAGUGUCUGACUUUUCCGCUGUAAAGAAACUCAAUUGCUGGGGAACAGAAUUAACAGAUGUCAGUAUCUUAAGAAAAAUGAAGAAUGUGGAAGUAUUAUCAUUAAGCAUAAAUAACAUUAAUACACUUGCUGAUUUUCAAUACUGCCACAAACUUCAAGAUUUAUUUAUAAGACGAAAUAAUAUCAAAGAUUUAAAUGAAAUUUGCUAUCUUCAAGGAUUACCUAAUUUACGAAAUUUGUGGCUCGGUGAAAAUCCCUGUGCAGAAAGAGAAGGAUAUCGAUUAUCUGUACUUCGAGCUUUGCCAAAUCUUGAGAAAUUAGAUGAUAAAAUAGUAUCACCUGAAGAAGUGCAAACUGCAAUGACAAUAGGUCGACCUUUAACACAUCCUCUUGAAAUAGAUGCUUCUCCACAAUCGGAUGUAGUAAGCCCAGAGGAUAUUACAAUUGAAUACAUUGAAGAAAAUGAAUUGGGACGAUCUAGGAGGUACAGUUCUUCUAGUGAUCAGAGAAGCUUUGAUGAAACGCAACAUACGCAUGAAGAAUAUGAUCCUGAUAGAAGAAACGCAAAUUAUAAUGCGUCAUCGUCACAUCAUUACUCACAAAAUAAUCAAUAUGCAUAUGAGCUACAAAAUGGACAAUCAAAGAGUCAGAGCAAAGAUGACACUUUGUGUGCAGAGUCACGAAGCAACAAUGAGACUGUGACCACUAACACUCUUGAAAAAUCCAAGGUACAUUUAAAUACAGAAGACGCAAAUCAAAUACCGGGUUGGAUAAGACAUUCUGAAAAAGACAAAUGCAGGAAUCAAUUUCACUAUCACAGGCGGCCAGUAACAAGAAAUUCAAAUAUAUUGUCUGCUGUAUUAUGCUUGGUUAAAGAGUUGGAUUAUCCAAGUUUGGAAGUGGUAGAAAUGGCUGUUAGAAAUCGAAUGGAUGAAUUAGAAGAAUGAUGUUUCUGACACCGUCCCCAA